AUGUCUAAGCAGGAAAAUAUGGGUUGCUGGUCUGCUGAAAAUGCCACAAAAGCAUUCCUUAAAACCAUGAAAAUGGGAAAGAGUACCAAAGAGCCAAAUGGAGCAGAAUUCAUUUCAGCUCUUGCUGCUGGAAACAAUGUGCAAUUAAUCGUUGUUGCAUGUUCCAGCGUUGUGGACUGCACUACACUAGCCCUGGUGGCAGCGGCUCAACAAACCGGUGGACGUGUAAUUUGCAUCCUUCGUGGGCAAGAAGAACUAGAUAUAUCUGAAAAGAUCUUGGGAAGUAAUGCAACUCAAGUUCAGUUUGUUAUGGGAGACGCCCACAUGAUGCUUUCAAACUACUGCAAGGAGGCAGAUUUCAUAGCCAUUGACUGUAAUCUUGAAAACCAUGGAGGAGUUCUCCGAACAAUACAGGAAAGCACCAGGCAACAGAACACCAUAGUCCUAGGCUAUAAUGCAUUUUGCAAGGGGUCCUGGAGGAAAGGCGGUUUGCACACUCAGCUGUUACCAAUAGGGGAAGGAUUGCUGCUGACAAGAAUAUCUGCAAAUGCCAACUUUAAUUAUUAUCCUAUCAAAUCAGGGAAAACAAGCCACUGGGUUGUUAAAGUGGACAAAUGUACUGGUGAAGAACACGUAUUCAGGAUCAGAUCUCCUCUUCAAGGAAGAGUUGUUAAAGCUUAA